UCUGUGAUGGUGAAAACAAAGGACUGGGAACCUCGAGAACUAAUGCUCCUCAUCCCCUGCAUCAUUCUGGGAGUUCUCCUUCUGGUCUCACUUGUAUUCAUAGCCAUCAUCCUCUUGAGAAUUAAAGGAAAAUACGCCCUCCCCGCUGUGGUAAACCACCAGCACUCACCCACCACCACCCCGGCAGGGAUGGAAAACUAUCAAGAGGUCCCCAUCACCAUCACCAAAGAAGUUCCCAAGCUGCCCAUCCAGGUCCAGGCCCCGCCCCCCGAAGACUCGAAUUCCAGCUCGGACUCAGACUAUGAGCACUAUGACUUCAGAACCCAGCCUCCUGUGGCCCUGACCACCUUCUACAAUUCCCAGCGGCACCGCUUCACAGAGGAGGAGGCCCAGCAGAACAGGUUCCAGAUGCCCCCCCUGGAGGAAGGCCCAGGACUGGAAGAAGUGCAUGAUUCCGAGGUCCUACCUGCCAACCCUGAACACUGCAUUGCAAACCCUCCCUCCCUGGGCCCUCCUCCACAUCCUCCAAGGAGCAAAAGCAGCUCCAGCACAUCUUCGGGGGAGGUGUACUGUAAUAGCCCCAACAGCAAGCGACCUCUAUGGAACUCUCAAGUGUUUUCAUCAGAGAGGAACCCCCUCCUGGAGCAGCCCCCCAACUUGGAGCUGGCUGGCUCCCAGGCAACUAUUCCAGCAGGGCCCCCAGCUGAUGACAGCUCCAGCACCUCCUCUGGAGAGUGGUACCAGAACUACCAGCUGCCGCCCCAGCCCCUUCCUGCUGAGCAGUUUGGAUGUCCAGGUGCCAGUGGCAGGGGGUCCCACGCUCCCCAGCCUGACUCCUCCUCCGAUGAAGAAUACGACGACAUCGGAGCGGCCUAGCCCGGGUUCAGCUUUGUGUGCUCCCUCUCACCAGCCUCCUGCUCUGCCAAAUCCCUCUGCUCCAUGCCCCACUCCACCCCCAUCCUCCCCAAUCAUCCCCCAGCCCCAGGGCUGAUAGUCCUCCCCUGGAGACUGGAAAAGAAACUCCACACCUCUUAUGGCUCAGCCUCCACCCAUCAACAGAACCUCCCAGCACAGCCCUCCUCCAACCCAAACAGCAGCCCCACAGCACAGGCACCACCUCUGAGGGGUAGUGAGCUCUCUGCUUCGGGGGUGAGCAAGCAGCAGAGUUUGGGCCACUUCUUGGCAGGCCAUGUGGAAGGGCUGGACUGGAUGAUUCCUGGGGCCCCUUCCAGUUCUCGUGUGUCUGGGGUUUUGGUUGCCUGACUGUCUGACAACUCGGGUUCAGAGGUCCUGCUGGGGGCAGGGGAGCCUCAUGUGCAGGAGCUGUUGGGCUGGUGUUGCUCUGACAGGUGGGUUCUGGGGCUUGGGGAGGCGGGCAGCAGCUGAUACAGGCUAAGCUCAGCUUGGUACUUGCAUCAGCAAGGAGUCCAGCCAUCCUGAGCACAGCCAACUGACAGCAAUUAGGAUGGCUGCCCCUCCCCAACCACUGGGGCUGGGGCUAGAGGCCAGCCCUGCCUCUGGAGAUGCUUGGAGCCCAUCAGGGACACAGCCCUGUUCUGCAGUGACCAUCCCUGGACAGCGGAUCCUUACUCUGAGCGUCCUACAGUUUACAAAGAUGGUCCCAUCCAGGCCCCACCCCCACCCCCAUCCCCAGAGGCCCAGAGUGGGGCCCAGCCCCUGUGGGGGCAGAAGCACAGAGACUUCUUUCAGGAGGGGCCCGGAGGCUGCACUAGGCCCUGGGUCCCCACCUGUCUGCUUGGAUUGAUGGGAGCGUUUCCGAUGAAUGUUGUCAUCAGUGUUCCUCCUGGAGCUGUAAACGCGUCCAGGCAGCCUCCAGGGAGAGGCUUGAGGGCUCAGAGCUAGCUUCUGGUGUCCUGUUC